GCCCGAGCCCUCGGCACGAGCCGCCCCCGCCCCUCCGCCGCCGCCCACGCGGAACCGGUCCGCGCGCCCCGUGCACCCGCGCCUGCGCGCUGCCCGGCCCGGCCCAAGCGUGGGGGCGCCGGCGGCCCCGGGGGGUGGGGAAGGAGGGGGGCAAAAACACAGCCCGCGGACCAGGGCCAGGGUUGCCCACCCCGCCACAAUGGCCUCUGGGGUGGAAGUCCUGCGCUUCCAGCUGCCGGGCCACGAGGCUGCCACGCUGCGGAACAUGAACCAGCUCCGCGCCGAGGAGCGGUUCUGCGACGUGACCAUUGUGGCCGACAGCCUCAAGUUCCGCGGCCACAAGGUCAUCCUGGCCGCCUGCUCCCCCUUCCUGCGGGACCAGUUCCUGCUGAACCCCAGCUCCGAGCUGCAGGUCUCGCUUAUGCACAGCGCGCGCAUCGUGGCCGACCUGCUGCUGUCCUGCUACACGGGCGCCCUGGAGUUCGCCGUGCGGGACAUCGUCAACUACCUGACGGCCGCCUCCUACCUGCAGAUGGAGCACGUGGUGGAGAAGUGCCGCAACGCCCUCAGCCAGUUUAUCGAGCCCAAAAUAGGCCUCAAAGAGGAUGGGGUCGGCGACGCCAGCCUUGUGAGCGGUGUCAGUGCCACCAAGUCCCUCCUCCCUCCUGCCAGGACCCCGAAGCCAGCCCCCAAGCCCCCGCCCCCGCCCCCGCUGCCCCCGCCCCUCCUCCGGCCUGUGAAGCUGGAGUUCCCGCUGGAUGAGGACUUGGAGCUGAAGGCCGAGGACGAGGAGGAGGACGAGGACGAGGACGUGUCUGACAUCUGCAUCGUCAAGGUGGAGUCUGCCCUGGAGGUGGCGCACCGCCUCAAGCCUCCCGGGGGCCUGGGCGGAGGCCUGGGCCUGGCGGGCUCGGUGGGCAGCCACCUGGGGGAGCUGGCCCCGAGCAGCGUGCCCCCCAGCGCCCUGGCCCCGCCGCAGGGCGUGGUGAAGGCUUGCUACAGCCUGUCGGAGGAUGCGGAAGGGGAGGGCCUGCUGCUGAUCCCCGGCGGCCGGGCCAGCGUGGGGGCCGCCUCGGGCCUAGUGGAGGCUGCGGCGGCGGCCAUGGCCGCCCGGGGCGCCGGGGGCGGCCUGGGGGCGGGGGGCGGCCGGGGGCCCCUGCCCGGGGGCUUCGGCGGCGGCGGCGGCUCCCUGAAGAACAUCAAGUGCACCAAGUGCCCGGAGGCCUUCCAGGGCGUGGAGAAGCUGGUCUUCCACAUGCGAGCGCAGCACUUCAUCUUCAUGUGCCCGCGCUGCGGCAAGCAGUUCAACCACAGCAGCAACCUCAACCGCCACAUGAACGUGCACCGCGGCGUCAAGUCGCACUCGUGCGGCAUCUGCGGCAAGUGCUUCACGCAGAAGUCCACGCUGCACGACCACCUCAACCUGCACUCCGGGGCCCGGCCCUACCGCUGCUCCUACUGCGACGUGCGCUUCGCCCACAAGCCGGCCAUCCGCCGGCACCUCAAGGAGCAGCACGGCAAGACCACGGCCGAGAACGUGCUGGAGGCCAACGUGGCCGAGAUCAACGUCCUCAUCCGCUAGCGCAGCCCGGCUCUGGGCCGCGGGCGGGGGCCCUGGCCCGGGAGAACUGGGCGAGGACCCGCAGGGACGGCGGGGAGCCGGAGCAGACACACUCAACCUGAGGGGGGGCCACGACUGCGUGGACAGAGCCCGCCUCCAGAACGGGGGAGGGCGAGGGUGGUUCUUGAGAAGGCCGAGGAGUGCGGCCCCCAGAGCGGACUCCUCUUCGAGGUGCAUGGGUCUGUGGAGGGGGGACGGGCCCUCCGGAAUGAGAGGCAAAGGGGCUGGAAACGUGUUUUUCCUGGCCAAGCUGCCCAGGGAGAGGGCUGCCAUUUCUUGAGGCAGGGUGGGUGGGAACGGGAGGGUAUUUGGACAGGAUUCCAUACAUGCUCCUGCUUAGAAUAGAUUCUUGGGAGAGGGCCUGGUAGGGGGAAGGAUUAUUGAACCCCAGAAAAGGAAGGGGGACUUGCAUGCUGGGGGAUGGGACUGUGGGUACAAGGCUCACCAAAAUUCUAGGAAGAACAAGGUGGCAGGUAAGAGAAAUGGGGAUGAGCGUCCUGGGUAGUAUCGGGAAGUGGGCACCAUAGC